GCGGCAGACAGCUGUACCUGAUCUAGUCCUUAAGUUCAUUGAUACUCUCCCCUGUUUCUGGUUCUUCUCAGUUCGUAUUCAUUUCACUCGUUGGACCAUCAAGUGUUUUGUUUUCUUGAACAUGUGGACAUUAGGAUGGACCGUACUGACCACACUAUUCCAUGGUCAGCUUGAUCCGGAGUAUAACGUUUAGACAAAACACGCUGUAUCGUUCCAGACAUAAGCUUAUCUUAAUAGUGAUGUGUUAAAUUUUAAAAGAAUACUGAUAGAUUACAACAACAGCUAGUGUGGAUACAGACGUCUAGUUACAAUGUACUAUAACUCUCGUCGUUUCUCGUUCUAUUGUUACAGAGCGAGAUGAAACAGAACCUACAAUGGCGAGGAUAGUGUGUCCCCCUUGUGUCGAUACUUGAUCCACCGUGUCAUAACUGAUACAUUGGCGCAUUGUGUUUCUGUGAUAUUGGCUUUACAGCUGCAGACGUGAGUCAAGGACGCUGCCAGCAGCAAAUGGAACAUCCUCACCGGACGUGAAAAGCAAAACGAGACCAGGUGAUGCUCACGUCUGGGCCCCGUCUACUGCGACGUCUGCUGUGCGUCUGCUGGGUAGCAGGAAUCUGGAUUAGCAGCACCUUUUAAGGUCAAGAGAUUAAAAAGAAAAGAAAAGAAAGUGCACAGAAUAUCCGUGGAGUUGGUUGCCUAUGGCAACGUAAUCGAAUCUGGCUUUUUUAUUCUCUCUCCACAAGUUGUGUGACAAAUGAACGGGACAAAUGCCAAAGAACCAUGACGGAUCUACACGCACUGGGCGAAACAAGUGCGACAACUCUUAGGUAGAGCCCAACACUAUGUCCUGGGGAGAGAAGUUCCUGCAAGUGGAUUAUCCUUGCACGUGACUUGCUUGCUGAAGAUUAUAUUUCUAAACCUAAUUUGCUAACGGCUGGAGAAGUGGCUUAACGAAAAGAAGAAAAAAAAGAAACGAAGAAUUGUGGUACAGCAAAUAAGAAUGUAGAUGAUAAAAUCAAAUAAUGUUAUUUUGAAUGUUUUGAAAACAAAUAUUCGUUGUGCUUCAUUAAUAUUUUGAAUUAGGUCUAUUUAAAAAUCUGGCCACAUUUUUCAAAAUUUUCACUUCACAAUGAAUACCAGCGAAUGGCUGGCCAACAGCACCUCUGUGUAUCUCUCGCUGAUAAAUCCUGACGACCAUGUGACGGAUAAGCCUUCGAACACGACAGUGGGGCCCUCCGGUGAAAUAUCCGACAAACCUUGCGGGGAGGCGCUGUCCUCGCAGACCCCUGCUGCCGUCAAGCUGCCUGGCUCUCUAGACGCUCUUCUGUACAUUGUGAUCGUCCUGAUGUUCUACGCUUUCAGCAUCGUGGUUCUGAUGGUCAAAUACAUCAGGAGGGAGCGGGAAGAGGCCAGCCUGAGAAACUACUACAACGAAUUCGUAUCACGUGAUAAGUUUCGCUCCGCCCAGUACAAGAACCGGCAGUUCAUGAAAAGGAUUUUCGGCAGGGGCAGAUCUGCUGAAAACGCUGGGCAGGGCGUCAGGGGGGAGAGGGUCAACACGCCUAUACCGUCGAGAGGCAGGCGGAAAACGAAGUCAGAGGGCAACACCAUCACCCGAAACGGCAACACUUUUAACAGGCUGUUGCUAGAAUCCGAUGAGCAGGAUGAGAAACGCUCCAAAGAAAGCUUCACGUUUCUAAGCGCCAAAAAUCAAUUCUGCAAGAAAGGUUUUUUCGGGAAAAAAUUCUGCAACAAGCAGUUGUGUUCCAAGUGCGUGACGGAAGGGGCUCCGACCAUCGACUGGGGCGACGGGAAGGGGGAACUAGGAAAUAGCGUCCCUAGCAGACAAGAAACGGUGGAGAUAAGACUGUACAACAAUGCGGGUCCUAGCUCGUCAAGUAACAUGGGCGGCGUCUCAGGUAGCAGUAGUAAGAGGUGCUACCUUUUGGAGAGGGAUAAUAGCAUAUUUUUUCCGAUAAUGGAAUGUGAUUCGGAGAGAGACUCGGAAGACGCCAUUAAACCUCUCAACAUGCAGCCACUUUCCCAACACUGGGGGAGCAGCGAGGAGAUGGUCAUGAGAGGCAACAAAUACGAGGACCAGGCCAUCGUGUCUUCCUGCUCCUUGGAAGUCUCGGAACUUCUCGCAAACAUGCCACCUCUCGGGGCUUUCAGCAACAGCAACGACAUGGACACGCUGGACGGUCUGUCCAAUCUCGACAGCGAGGCCGAGAGCCAGUCCCUCCUGAACUACUCUACGAGCAUGAGAGGCACCAACAACAUGUUCUCGAGCAUCAACUCCGGGGACAGCCCGAGAGCCAAAGCGUCCAUCGUGGGCGAGAGCCCAAGAGUUAAAAAUAGCGGCUCCAGCGACAAGCAAGGGCCGACCUUCGACGGGACGCACAAAGACUUUAGCGACUUUCUAUCAGAGAGGACGUCUCUCCUCUCCUGUACGCUCUCCAUCGCCAACGAGGUGGAUGAAGAGGACGCUGUCACUAACCACAGUUCCUCUAAAAACUACCCCAACGGAUUCUCCCACUCCAACAGUAACGGCAAAAUCAAGGAAGAACGAGUCGUCGCUAACGGCAAACUCAAAGAAGAGCUCUGCCACAACGCAAAGUCCAUUCUGAACUCCGUGUCCAAAUCUGCGAACGGAGACGAGGAGGAAAUGAUGCGCCUUUUGACCAACAUAACUAUGAUAACAGAAGAGUCUGGUCUUUUUAAGAAUCUGAAAUACUUUCUUAGAAGUUUUUCUAAACACGAGAACGUUGGCUGUGUCCACGAGAAAUCCAAUUUACUUCCAAAAGAAACUUUCUUUGGGCCAGGGAGCCCCAAAAGUGUGUUUAGUACUACUGACUGCGCUGUAGUGGCCACUAAAUGUAAACCCGUGAGCAAGCCUUCUGAUUACGACGAGCUGGAUUCAGUGGAUAAUGAUCUGUUGAAUAUGGAUGAACUUGAAAACUUUGGCAACCGAUGGGGAUACGCCUAUGACGAGGAGGAGGAUUUGUGUUCAGACGGGGGCAAGUCCUCCAGCUUUGGGGAGUAUUGCAUGGGAGAGGCCCCCGAAUCUCAGGUUAUCGAUCUGAGUCGACCGCUGGUGAGACGGCAGCUGGAUUCAGAGACCAGGAAUGGAUUAAGUCUGGCUUUCAUUGGGUUAGAGGAUUCCCUGCACGAGGACGUCCCGGCUAAAAACAAAACAAACCCUCUGCUGGCUGGGUACGGGUCAGCACGCAAAGAGACGAAAGUCUGAUGACCACAGAAACAUGUUGAAAUAGUAUUAAUGAACUGAUGAUAAUUGAUAUCACUUCUCUUUUGUCAAUGUUUUUUGUUAUUGUUCGGUUAUGUGUUUUACAGGACUCGUGUUAUAUUAACUCUGCUGUCAAAUUGUACAGCAUCAGUAAACAUGAGCUCAUAAAAGAUUCUUUCGUUAAAUAGUUAUUUGAUGACUUUUUAAGUUACUUCUAGAACUACAUUUAAAAAAACAAAAACAAAUUGACUCUUAAAUAAUAACGGGCUUUAGACUUUCUUGAGCCGGCCUGGCUCGUAAGACGAAAAUGACAGUUUUGAACACGUCUAUAAAUCCUCUGAUGGAACAGAUGCUGAAUAGUGGAUAGAGCUAGUGAUUUUCAAAUGUUAAACUGAACCAUUGUUAGACGAACCCUAAUCGAUCAUUGAACAGGAGAUAACGCAUAUUUUUGUUAUGUACAGGAGCUAUGCUGCUAGAGUUAUAUGCCGUUAAUCACAACAUUGAUCAUCAAUGGAAUAUUUAGAGUGAAUAGGCUAAAUAGAAAUCAGAGAAAUAUAUAGAUCUAGCAAUAAAAGAAAAGUUUUUUUUUUAAUCUAUGACUAAAGAAUUAUCACACAAAAAUUAGAAAUGUAGAUUUGAUAAAGAUGUAUAAAUAAUUACCUCCUCCUGUGCAACUUAUCUUAUAAUAUACAGACGUUAUUACGUCCUUUACGCCAUGCAUCUAGCCAUGCAUGUUAACCAAUGACUUAAAUUCUGCCAAGUCAUUGUUUUUUCUGGCUGGCUCAGGCAACCCAUUUCAUGCUCUAAUAACAUCUACAAUCAAAAUAUUUAUAGUCGGUAACAUAUACAACUAAAAUGCUAUUUAACAUUGGUUAGAUCGAGAUUAUAAUAUGCACUAUCUGUAUGAGACCUUUAACUCAAGAAAAAAUAAACAAUUGAUAAAGUUACAAAAAAAACAUAAAACACUGAACCAUAAGGCAUAAAUACAAAAACACACCCCAAUAAAAUACUCAACCACUAACGAAGAAUAUUGUUUUAAUUUUACUUCCAUAUUUCCCACAGUUUGCUCAUGAUGGCGGAUGCCAAGCCUAAACGGGUUUUUUUAAAUCUCUUUUAUUGAUCCUCUUAACUCUUUCUCUCCUUAAUUAUUUACCACAUUCUUGUGGAAUCAACGCUGGUCUCGUCAGUUAGGAGAGAAGGAGUUAAUGUAGCUUAUAUUUGACCUCACGUAUUGAAAUGAAUCCACUUAUUCUAAUGUUUGGCCAUUGAACUGUAUGCAGCAUCUCUACCACAAUGUAGUACUUUUAUUUAAAAAAAAAAAACAACUUUGACAUGGUUGUGAAUUUGGAUGCUGAAAGUUGAAACGAAAAGAAGAAAUCAAACCUUUGAGAGUAAAUGAUACAGAAAAUAGGAAAAUAAGACAAUUUUAUUUUUACAAGUCAACGCUCUUGCUGGUAAAAUCCUGUGAAGAGACGAAAGCUUUGCUAGGUUGGUCAUAUUGUAAGACCUGACUCACUGUCGAAAGACAUUCAUCUUAUCUUCUUAUAUAAUACAGACGUUACUUCAAAAAAAAGAAGAUGAUUACGUCCUACGCGUCAUGCAUUUAGUCAUGCAUAUUAACCAAUGACUUAAACUCUGCCAAGUCACUGGUUUUCCUGGCUAGCUCUUCCAUUCUUCAAGGUCCAGUGGCGGGAGCACGAAGAAAAGGUCGCCCAAAGAAAAGCUGACUGGACAACUUAAAAGAAUGGACUGGCCUCUCUCUCUCACUCUCUCCUCUUGAUAUCCUCUUGAUAUCCUGCUACGAACAGAUGCUGACAGAAAAAAAUGGAGGGGUUUAGUUACGGGAAUUGUCACAGUGCCCCUAGGACGAAAGUCAAGGGACAGAUGAUGGUAAUGAAUAAAAAAUAUUCAGAUAGACACAAAGAGAAAGGUAUAUGUAUUAUUCCAUAUGCUAAGAUAUAUAAGUACAAGUGCUCCUUCAGCCUAUUCGAGCAUUGCAUGGGUUUCCUGAAUCAGCCAGGCAAACCAAUGACAAAGUUUAAGUCUCUCAUGAACUUGCACGACUAGAUUAACACAUGGAUAGGUGAAGGACGUAACUAUCGUCUGCUUUUGAAUGAACGUCUGUAAUUUAUAAGAUAAAAAAGUAGAUCUAGACGUCCAUCAGACGUCAGAAUUUUGUUUUAUUUCUGCAGGUCCUUUUAUAAAUACUCAGACAGAAAGAUAAACGCACAUUCCUCGUUUCAUAUGAUAGGAGAAACUUGUACAUAAGACGUAAUCAUCUUUUUUGAAGUAACGUCUGUAUUUUGUAAGAUAAGAUAACUAAGAUUUGGGUGUAUUCAAAACUUUCAACAGUAACGUAGGUCAAGAUAAGGUAUGUCCAUUCUUUUAUAUUGUCCAACUCUAACUGGUUUAGUUUACUUGGUGGGUGCAUUCAAGUUGUGCGGGGAUCAUGGGUUAAAGCUACUGAAAUUAAAAGAGUCUUUUUUUAAAUAUAUUUUGACAUUACAAGACCUAGUGUUUUCAUAUUAUAUAAGAUCAGAUAAGAUAGUGUAGGAUCCCAUCAUUUUUGUUUUAUUCUGCGAUAAAUUGGGAUAUGAUGAUGGUAGGCUAUCGACAUGGACAGUGGGCUUUAGACAUAGACAGUGGACUCCAAAUAGACUGUGGGCUUUCAACAUGAACAGUGGACUCUCUAGAUAGACGGAGACAUAGACAUUGGGGCUCUCGACAUGGCCAGUGAGUCUACAAGCAACGAAAGCUGUGUCAUCCCGAUCCAAAAUGAUCUCACUUUCACAUGCACACGAAGGGUACAACAGCUACAGCAGACACUGAAGACAAACAAGGUUACAAAGACAGUUUGUGUGGAAACACAAACUCAAAAUCGGCCCCCCGAAGCAGGUUUCAAUAUUUUCAGAAGAAUAUCGGUAUUAAAUUCUAAUAGAAGUGGUUCACCCAAGCAGGUAAAAAGGCAGGUAUCAAUAUUUUCAGAAAGAAUGUCAAAAUGAAAUUCUAUCAAAAACAGAGAAAAAUAGAGAAAUAAUGUUGACAGAUCCUGUGUGGUGCCCAAAGGUCCAGCAGACUAAGGGAUAGGUGAAGGUGAAUGUGAAGUUAGAUGUGAACCUGGCCUAACUGAGGUCUUAUAAUAAAUAUCUAAUUGAUCUAAUUGUUUUGUAAAGGGUCAGUCUCUUAGUCAAAGCCUCAAGAAAAAAACAUUUCCGAAAAAAAAAAAAAAAAUUCCUUUAGUUUUGUGAGACUGUACGGGCGCUCUGCAAUUCACGCUAUAAUAUGAAAAACUACUUAUUAAUUGUUGUUUUAAAUUAUGUCCGACUUAUUUGCAUAGUAAAUAGAUUUUUUUCUCAUUAAAAAAAAAGAUAACAUUUUUUUUUGUAAAUGUAGUAUUUAGUAUGGCAGAACUUACAUAACUUAGCAAUAAAAUUGUAAAAAAAAAAUAUUUUUUGAUCAAAAAUCUAAAACCAUUUGCAUAAAUGUGUUAAUUUAUGGUAAAUUUCAUUCUCCCUUACAAAUAUGUUUCAAAUGUUGUUACUGUUAAAAAAAAAUAGUGAAUAGAUGUAAAAAUGGUGUAUUUUUAUGAAAAAAAAAACUGCUUGCAUAAUUGAUGUAAAAUUAGAUUUUUCGCUUUCAAAAAAGAAAAAAGUAACCGUUGCAUCAGAACUUUGAAUGAUCUAAAAUAUCAUGAUGUCCGAUUUUUUUAUUUUCUCUUCUGGUUUCUGAGAUCUAAACGGGACGGACAGACGGGCCACACAAAACUAAUAGCGUCUUUUCCCAUCUUAUGAGCCAGGAGCCUAGCAAAUAUCCAGACUACAAUAUACACAGGUUAGGAAAUAUACUUUUUUUUAUAGGGUAGGCCUAUAGUAUCGAAUAAAAGUAACAAGCGCAGAUUAUAUAAGAAAUUAAUGUGUCAAGACCGAAUGACUACAAAAUCUGCACCAAUCUUUACUGAAUGAUUACAUCCUAGCUACAUGACAACUUGGACCAUUCAUCCAGUGUUGCCAAUAUAAAGUUCGAAAAUAACAUUCUACUAGGGAUUCAGGGCCGGCAUUAGGUAUAGGCAAACUAGGCAGCCGCGUAGGGUAUCCGAUUGGUGGGUGUCUCGUAGAGUGCUAAAAUAUUUUUUUUAGGAGAAAAGUUGCGAAACUUAGAUCAAAUCUCAAACAUAAAACAACUCUAUGGCUCUAUGUCUACUAUAGUUACUAUUGUUCAAGGCUUUUUCACAAAUGUUUAGAUCAACUUGUUAGACUAACAGAUGUUAGAAGACCAAUGUUUCUUCCUUUUGGUGAAAUGUCGAAACGUUUUUUCUAGUGAAUUCUAGUCUGUGAUCAAGAAUCUUCCAUGUAGAAUAGUUGUACUGUCGGUGCUUUAUGAAUUAAAUGUACUUGUUGAUUUAGAUAUAUAUACAGGGCAGUUUAUAAUUCUUUGAGUAGCGGUAUUUUUUCGGUCUUAAUUUUUUUUUUUAAUUUGGACCACAUUAUUCGGCCUCUAAUUGGAUGUGAUAAUCUUUUUCUGGGGGAACUUCCGUUCCUUAUUAAGAAGCUGGGGAUAAAGAUCUUAAAUAUAUGUGUUGAAAAAGAUUACGUUGCGUUCCUGAAAUACGUUACUUAUUGUUCAGAGACUUACCAGUUUUGCUGGGUUGUUGCCCUUGCCAUGUUGCUUGUUUGUGUAAUAAAACAGAUCCACGAAAUUACCAUGAGAAAUAAAAUUGAAACGUCUUUGAUACUACAGUAACCUGAGUAGCAGACUGGAGUGUACUCACAUUUCUUGCACUGUGAUGCAAAUGUUUAGACAUUAAUCUCAUCUAGUGUACUCACAUUGACUUGAUUUGUGUAGUUUGGAGACGUGUGUACACAUCGAAUGUUGAUCUAAUGUAGUGUGUACACAUCGAAUGUUGAUCUAAUGUAGUGUGUACGCAUCGAAUGUUGAUCUAAUGUAGUGUGUACACAUUAAGCUAUUGAACAUAACCAUGUCUAUGUACAGUCAUAAAACAUAUUUAAAAAAAUAUAAAAAUCUUAAUUUCCUUUACUUCUUAGUAUAUUUUUUUUUUAACUUUCCUAAA